AUGGCGCUGCGCGAGUUCAAGGCCCCUGUCAGCUAUGAGAAGCAGCAACAUGCUUUCGAGGAGUUCUUGACCGGAUUCAAGACCUCGCCCGAGCAAACAAUCACAACCGCGCUGGGAAACAUCACCAUUGGAGAGAAUGAUCUUGACGAAGAGGAUGACUUGAUGGACGAUGACGGUCAGGAGGGGAACCGACGUCAACAAGCCAAGGAGCGCCGUGCUCCUCAGUACAAGUACAAGAACAUGCUCCAGCAGCUCUCCGAUCGGACGAUUGACGAGGCGACAAUCGACCUCGACGACUUGGCAACAUGGGAGAACGAUGCUUUCGACAAUGAGGACAAUAUGAGGCUUGUUGACUCUAUCGAGAUGAACACAAAACACUACGUCGAGAUCUUUUCAAGAGCCGUGGAUAAAGUUAUGCCCGCAGCAAGUGAAGACAUAACCUUCAAGGACGAUGUUCUCGACGUACUAAUGACUCGACGACAAAUCCGCAACCGAGAGCUUGAUGACGCCGCCGAGCGGGACCCAACUGCUGCUGACGACAAAUUUCCUGCCGAGCUCACUCGCAGGUAUACCCUAGUGUUCAAGCCCAAAUCGGAUACCUCGAGCCAGCCUUCAAAGGCCCUGGCAGUUCGACAAGUGCGCGGCGAGCACUUGGGUCAUCUCAUCACUAUCCGCGCCAUUGCUACCCGGGUUUCUGACGUAAAGCCUAUUGUUCAAGUUAGCGCAUACACCUGCGACAGAUGUGGUUGCGAAAUCUUCCAGCCUAUUACUGACAAGCAAUACGGUCCCUUGACAAUGUGUCCUUCAGAAGAUUGCAAGAAGAACCAGGCCAAGGGUCAGCUCAACCCCUCUUCAAGAGCCUCCAAGUUCUUGCCUUUCCAGGAGGUCAAGGUUCAGGAGAUGGCCGAGCAGGUUCCCAUUGGUCAGAUCCCUCGCAGUCUCACCGUCUUCUGUCAUGGUACUCUUGUCAGGCAGAUUAACCCGGGUGAUGUCGUUGAUAUCUCGGGCAUCUUUUUGCCUACCCCUUACACAGGAUUCAAGGCUAUGAAGGCUGGUUUGCUUACCGAUACUUACAUCGAGGCCCACCACGUUCUUCAACACAAAAAGGCUUACAGUGAGAUGAUUGUUGAUCCUACACUGGUCCGACGGAUCGAAAAAUACCGUCAAACCGGCCAGGUCUAUGAGCUUCUUGCAAAGUCGAUCGCCCCUGAGAUUUUCGGACAUCUUGAUGUGAAGAAGGCUCUCCUCCUCCUUCUUAUUGGUGGUGUAACCAAGGAAAUGGGAGAUGGUAUGAAGAUUCGUGGUGAUAUCAACAUCUGCUUGAUGGGUGAUCCCGGUGUGGCCAAGUCCCAGCUGCUCAAGUAUAUAUCAAAGGUCGCCCCUCGUGGUGUCUACACAUCAGGCCGUGGAAGCAGUGGUGUCGGUCUUACAGCUGCCGUGAUGCGAGACCCCGUCACUGAUGAAAUGGUUUUGGAGGGUGGUGCUCUUGUACUCGCUGAUAACGGUAUCUGCUGUAUCGAUGAAUUCGACAAGAUGGACGAGACUGAUCGUACCGCUAUCCACGAAGUCAUGGAACAACAGACCAUCUCCAUUUCCAAGGCUGGAAUCUCCACAACUCUCAACGCCCGCACAUCCAUCCUCGCCGCCGCUAACCCUGUCUACGGACGAUACAACCCUCGAAUUUCUCCUGUUGAGAACAUUAACCUUCCUGCUGCACUCUUGUCCCGUUUUGAUAUCCUUUUCCUGCUUCUUGAUACCCCUACUCGCGACACGGACGAGCAGCUUGCUAAGCACGUUACCUUUGUGCACAUGAACAGCCGACAUCCCGAUAUUGGCACCGACAACAUCGUGUUCAGCCCGCAUGAGGUACGGUCCUACAUCGCCCAGGCCAGAACGUACCGACCUGUGGUUCCAAGCACAGUGUCUGAAUAUAUGAUCAAGACAUAUGUCCGCAUGCGAGACCAGCAGCAACGUGCCGAGAAGAAGGGCAAGCAGUUCACUCACACAACUCCCCGUACCCUCCUGGGUGUUGUCCGUCUCGCUCAAGCCCUGGCACGUCUUCGAUUCAGCAGUGAGGUCACACAGGAUGAUGUUGAUGAGGCUCUCCGACUGGUUGAGGCCAGCAAGGAGAGUCUGAACAAUGAGCUUGGCACUGGUAACUCAAGAAUUAGUGCCACCGACAGGAUCUACGCCCUGGUCAAGACUAUGGCCGAUGCAGGCCAAUGCCGUCCUGAAGAUAUCGUGGAUGGAGAGGAUCUUGGUCUUGAGCUGAGUUUGAGGAAGGUCAAGGAACGAGUCAUUGCCAAGGGGUUUACCGAGGACCAAUGGUUUGACGCCUUGCAGGCGUACACUGACAGCAAUGUCUGGCAAACUACAGGAAAUGGCACACGACUGGUGUUUAUCAUUAACGACGAUGAGUUUGGAGACGAUGAUAUGGACUUUUAA